AAAACUAUGAACUUUAUUGAUUUUAAACGUGCCCGAAAGCUAUAAUUUGCCCACAGAGGACUGUAAUAAGAGCAUUUGGAUGUUUUCUGAUGAAUGAAAGCAAUCCAUGAGGCGGCAGAUAGCAGAAUUGGUAAGAGAUGGACUCUACAGAGAAGCCCUUACGCUCUACUCACACCUCCACUCUUCAUCUUCUUCACUUCGCAAUGGAUUCACCUUCCCAGCACUUCUCAAAGCCUGUGCCAAGCUUAGGGCGAUUCCUCAAGCCCAAAUGAUCCACACCCACCUCGUCAAGACUGGGUUCCAGUCCGAUAUCUACGCAGCCACUGCCCUCACCCACCUAUACAUGAAAAUCAACAGCUUGGGUUGUGCACUCAAGGUGUUCGACGAAAUUCGCGAGCCAACCAUCGAUUCGAUGAACGCCUUCAUUUCUGGGUUUUCUCAGAAUGGGUAUUACGGAGAGUCCUUUAGGACGUUUGGGUUACUUGAUUCUUGGAAUCUCCGGCCGGAUUCGGUUACUAUAGCUGGGGUUGUGUCAGGAUGUGAGAGUGUUAUACAUGGUGGGCAAAUGCAUUGCUGGGCUGUAAAGAUUGGGGUUGAGAUGUGUGUGUAUGUUGCAACCUCGCUUCUGACUAUGUAUUCCAGUUCUGGUGAUGUGGUUUCAGCCACAAAGUUGUUUGGGUUAGUUGAGAACAAAAAUGUGGUUUGCUAUAAUGCAUAUUUGACCUGUUUAUUGCAGAAUGGUGUGUCUGGGACUGUCUUGGUUUUGUUUGAGGAGAUGAAGAGAUCAUCAGAUGAAGGGCCUAAUUCUGUGACCUUGGUUUCUGUUCUUUCUGCUUGUGCAGAACUCAAGAAUCUGAAGUUUGGCAUGCAAGUUCAUGGGUCUGCUGUAAAAACUGAUGAAAUUCAUACUAUGGUUGCCACUGCCCUUGUGGAUAUGUAUUCUAAAUGUGGUUCUUGGCAGUGUGCAUUUGCAGUGUUUGAAGAACUUGAUAGUGAAAGGAGCUUGGUUACUUGGAAUUCGAUGAUUGCAGGAGCGAUGCUCAAUGGUCGAAGUGAGAACGCCGUUGAGCUUUUCACACGGUUGGAAAGUGAAGGAUUAAAGCCUGAUUUAGCAACAUGGAACACUAUGAUCAUUGGAUUUUCGCAGCUUGGUAAAGCAGCAGAAGCUGUUAUGUUCUUUAGAAAAAUGGUGUCUGCAGGUGUCAAGCCGAGCGAGAAACUAGUGACCAGUCUUUUGACAGCGUGUUCUGCGCUGUGCAUGCUCGGCUCUGGAAAACAGAUUCAUGGAUAUUCCAUCAGGACUGGCUGCAGCACAGAUGCGUUUCUUACGACAGCAGUGAUCGAUGUGUACAUGAAAUGCGGGCAAGUUUCUUUGGCGUGCAAGGUUUUUGACGAGUUUGAGCACAAGCGCGAUGACCCUGCCCUCUGGAAUGUGAUGAUCUCGGGGUAUGGAACGAAUAAUCAAAGCGAAGCUGCUUUUGGAACGUUUAAUCGGAUGCUGCAGGAGAAAGUAAAGCCGAGCUUAGCCACUUUCAAUUGCAUUUUAUCUGUGUGCAGUCAUACCGGCCAAACUAACAAAGGAUGGGAACUCUUUAGAACGAUGAUAAUGGAUUUCGGCUUGACCCCAACUUCCAAACAACUUAAUAUUCUGAUUGAUCUCCUUGCUCGUUCCGGACAACUGGAUGAAGCAAGAGAGCUACUCCAGAAAAUACCCGUGCCUUCUGCUCCAGUUUUUGCCACGCUGCUCGGGGCUUCUGAGUGUCAUUCACAUCCAAAUCUCGGGGAAGAAAUGGCUCGAAAACUCAUGGAGUUAGAGCCUGGGAGUCCUAUUCCAUUGGUAAUCUUAUCCAAUCUAUAUGCUGGCCAAGGAAAGUGGAAUGAGGCUGAAAGAAUCAGAGAGACAAUAAAUGAGAAAGGCUUAAAGAAACUACCUGGCUAUAGCUUGAUAGGAGUGGCAUAAAAAACCAGACUUGCCCAAAUGUCUCUCUGUGAGUCUGUGACAAUGGAUAGCUAUGGAUAGCUACUCUAGCAGACACCAGCAAAAACUUAUCCAACCAAGCAUUUCUUGGGCAGAAAGUCUAAGUCUUGAUCAAAGAAACCGAGGAGGCGAGCUAGCUACACCUGCAGCUCUAUCACCCACCAAAAUUCCUCUGUCUGUAUGAAGUCCUCGAUUUUUGGUGGGAUUAAUCUCCAGCUGUCCCACCCAAUAGAAGUGUCUACAAUGCAGCGAGGGGAUUAGUCAUUGUGUUUGAUGGUGAAAAUCCUGGGCUACACCCAAAAAAAAAAAAAAAAAACAAUGAUGUCCAACUAAUUGUUGGGCUCAAACUGGUGCUUUUGGAUCUUGACCAUUCUCAGCUAUUUCUGGUUUUUGGAGCUUGGGCCUGAUUUUAGAACAAGGUAAAACUUUAUUGGGUUCUUAAUUCUUAUUCAUAUUCUUGACCCAAAAAUCCCAGAAGGAAUCUUACCCAGUCAUAAUCUUGCUGUCUUCUGUCUAAUUGUUAGUCUAUCUCACCCAAUUGUAGUACAAACAGAAGGGAUAUCAUGUGUGGGAGUACACAUGUACAAUCUUGUACUUCUUCACAACCCAUGUUGUGCAUAGCCUAUGUACUAACAUGGUACUGCACAUUGUUACCCAUUAUCAUUUUGCCUGUCUUGUAUUUAUAUAUAUACUGGAUGAAAGAAUGGAAUCAUAUUCAUUGUAAGCCCAAAGUCGAAUUCGAACUUGUAACUUUGUGAUUACCAAGUCAGUCAACUUGACCAACUCGGUUGAGGUUAUCCGUCCUCAUUGUCUACCUUGAUUUGAGGAAAAGCAUUUGAUUAAAGGUGGAAUAGUUCAAUAGGGUCGGCAUGAGAGCACAUGUGGCCUUUUAUAAAUAAUGCAUCAUGUGUUCUCAGGUCGCCCCUGUAGAUCUAUUUUCCACCAUCCUAUCCAUUAUCCAGGAUGAGAUUGAUCCGGUCGAGUCUAGGUCAGACUCCAUUGAAGAGUGACUCACAAGGCGUUGUUGCAUACACCAUGUUCUCCUUUAGUUGAACUAUCUGUAAUUCUUUUUUAUAUCAAAUAAUUCGCAAUUGAAUUAUUGCUUAAUCUUCUUCAAGAUUAUUACUAAUAAUAAAAUUUUGAAGACUUGUUAGUCAUUUUUUGUUUUCUGAAUAUUAUAAUAUUACAACAUUUGGUUA